AUUAGUUGUUACAUUUAUUUUUUUAUUGUUUAAGUAAUACAUUUUCACCCACAAUAAGAGCUUUUAAGUCUAAAGAAGACGAUGUUACGGCACAGAAGAAAACACUCUUCCCUAUAAAAAAAACACAGUCCGUGUCUGAGCUAAAGGGGAGACUCACCUUCACCUAAACUCCAAAAUCUGAACAUGCUCACCUCUUUUUAACUCGCGUUCGACUCACAAGAAAACCACCGUCUCAGUGAGUUCAAAGAAAGUAAUGGAGACAAGUAUAACAACAACAGGAACCUCCGUAAAGGAGAAAAGUGAUCAGCAGCAGGUACUCGACGGUUCCAGUAUAAUGGAAUUGGUCGAUAACGACGAGGUGUUUAGCAGCUUCGUGGAUCACAAAUUCAAGGAGCUCGACAAGGACAACGACGGGCAGCUCUCCGUGAAGGAAUUAAAACCGGUCGUUGCCGAUAUCGGCGCUGCUCUAGGCUUGCCUGUUCAGGGUUCUUCUCCUGUUUCCGACAAUAUCUACUCCGAGGCUUUGAACGAGUUCACUCAUGGACAACAAGAAAAAGUGAGUAAGACUGAGUUUAAAGAGGUUCUUUCGGAUAUUCUGCUAGGUAUGGCAGCGGGUUUGAAGCGAGACCCGGUUGUGAUUCUUCGUAUUGAAGGAGAGGAUCUGUUGGAAUUCAUGGAUGGUCCGAGUUAUGAUGCAGAGAUGGUGUCUAUAUUUUCACAGAUAGGUUGCUCGGAUGAUGAUGCGUCGUUGCUCGAUUGCAUUGUUAAGGCUUUUGGGAAACUUACGGUUGAUCAUGGAAUGCCCCCUUGUUCCGAUUCAUGGGUCAUGAGCAACAUAGUGGAACCAGCUUUAAAAUCAUGGGAUGGCUAUGAUCAAGGCGUGCCCGUCUCCAAAAUAACGUUCUUGGAAGAAUUUAAGAAAGUGGCGAAGCAUGUGGCUCAAAACCUCAAGGAGCAGCCCGUCAUUGUUGCCCAUAGUGAAAACACUUUUGAUGGAAAUGGCAUCAAGAGAUUACUAUCCAACAAGUUUGAACUCGACAGGUCACUGAAUGCAGCUUUACAAAACGUUCCCAGAGAUCGCCAUGGGAAAAUAUCGACCAAGUGUUUACGCGUCGUGCUAGAUGAAGUGGCUCCGUCUGCCGGUCUACCUCCGAUCGGUGCGGUCAAAAAGAUCGACGAGGUCGUUGCGGAUGUUUUCGGCACAAUACGUGCGGAUGAGGGGAAGACGGUUAAAGAAGAUGAGUUGAAGAAACUGGUGACAGAGAUGUUGUGGAACAUCAUGCAGCGGUUAGAGGAAAAUCCCAUCGCAGUUUCAUCAAGCUGUGUAGUGCAUGAGCCCCUUGAAUCAUCCUCCUCCAUUUUGCAGCCAUAAUCCAAGUUCUCAAUUCCACUAGCUUAAGUUCCUUUUGUGAAAUUCAGUGGGUUGUGUCAAUGAAAAAUGGGUAUCCAUAUCACUUUAAAGUA